AUGAAAGUUGUACAACUAUUUGUUAUUGUUGCUUUGAUAACAUUGUUUGUCUGUUCAUCCAAUGGUCUUCAGACUCUGAGGAAUUGUAAGAACUACUGGCCAACAGCUACCAAUCCCAAUCCUCAAUUGUUCUACGAGUACCUACCUCCAACAUUUGGAAACGGUACCGCUGCACCAGUGAUCAUCUUCUUGCAUGGAGUUGGCCAGGGUGGCACCUACCCACAGGAUGUGGUCAGGAUACUUGGUGUGGGACUGGCAAAGUUGAUCGAUACUGGUGGAUGGCCAGCCAACUUCCCAUUCGUUGUCCUGUCUCCAUGGCACACAUCGGGAUGGCCUGAUGCCAUCACCGUCCAAAGCACACUCGAGGCUCUGCCAUCGCUCUAUGGCAACAAGGUUGACUUGACCAGAGUGUACGUCACGGGCUUGUCUGCAGGUGGUGGAGGCACCAUCCACUUCCCAGGUUUGAGUCUUGCCAAUGCCAAUCGUAUCGCAGCCGUUGUACCCAUCGCCAUUGCUUGGUAUGACAAGAAGUUCUUUGCGCCGAUGGCCAACAGUGGUCUGCCCUUCUGGGGAUUCGCCAAUGAGUAUGACAGUCCUUUCUAUAACAUCACUGGUACUGUCACCAAUGCAUUGAACGGUCUGGGUAUCAAUCCACCGGCAAAGUUCACUGUUUACAAGAAGACCAGUGGACAUGGUGGCUGGGAUCAAACAUACAACCCAGUCAACAAUGUCAAUGACAUCUAUUCAUGGAUGCUCAAGUACUCUACAACCAAUCGUUUGCCUCCUACACCAACUACAACUACCUCAACUACAACUAUAUAA